UUUCCAUUGCACCAAAUGUCAGAUGAAAUAAGUUCAUUGAAUGUCAAAAUGGAGUCAGAUACGGUUGUACCAAAAUUAUCUGUUUAUUAUUCCACAAUUUCAUGUUUAUUUCUAUCGUUAAUUUAUGUGGGUAGUUUAUAUGUAUGGCGAUCCGAGCAUAAUAGAGAUCAUCCGUCGACGGUGAAGAAACGUUUCUUUAGCGUUUUCAUGGUGAUGCUUAUAUCGCCUGUAUUUAUUUAUAUGUUAUUGCUGGCCAAUCGAUCAACGAACAUUACAAUAUGGGAAAUUAUGGGCUUUCGAUUGAAGGGCGUUUUAGCAGCAUUAUUCGUCCCGUUAUUGUUAACGGCCACAUUAUUUUUAGGACCAAUUUGUGCAAUUAUUAUAAAUGGCGUGUGGAAAUUGUAUUUGGAGCCAAAUUAUUGGAUGGAUAGCUUUAAGAAUAUAUUGUGGAUACGGAAUCACAUUGUGGCACCGUUAUCAGAAGAGUUUACAUUUCGUGCCUGUAUGAUGCCACUAUUGCUCCAGUCAUAUCGACCAACCACUGCCGUUCUUCUAACGCCAUUGUUUUUCGGUGUAGCGCAUCUGCAUCAUAACAUCGAACGUGUUCGAUCGGGAAUGGACUGGAAAACGGCGCUCAUUGUGUCAACAUUUCAAUUUGCCUACACCGGAAUAUUUGGCAUUUAUUCAGCUUAUUUAUUUGCAAAAACGGGACAUUUUAUCGCACCAUUUAUAGCACAUGCAUUUUGCAAUCAUAUGGGAUUUCCUGAUAUUCAGGAAGUGUUAUUACAGCAAGACAAUAAAAAAUACAUAAUUUUAAGUUGCUAUGUUAUCGGUUUAGUUAGCUGGAUCUAUUUAUUGCCGAUCGUUACCGAACCACAAUGGUAUUCCAACGAAUUAUAUUGGACAAAUAUGUGAUAAAACAGGAAAAAACAAAAGAUGUAGUCAAACCAGACAGUCAAAAAAAAAAUCGAAAUAACGAACAGUUAUAUAUAAAUAUAACGAAUGUAGAAUAUCUUCCACCAUUUCAGGUUAAUUUUUCAUUGAAAUAGCACUUCAUUUUACUCGACUUAAUAUGCAAAUUUGUUGAAUAUUUGAAGACAAAGACAAACCUAAUUCAAACGAAAAUGAAAUAAAUCGUGUGCCUCUGUACAAUUCGCUUACGUAGUUGAGAGCAUAGGCACAAAUUUUAAUGAAUGCCAUAUUUUUGAAUUUAACUAAUAAUAAUAUUUAAAAAAAAGUGAAUAAAUAAUUAAAUGACUAACUAGCCGACCAUUUAAAAAGUUGACACAAA